CUAAAAAUCGUGAGCUAAACACUUUGAGAGUGUGAGGAUUUUUAUUUGCUAACUUUGUUAAGUGUUUCAGGAUGUUUGGACUUCUCAAGAAAUCAAAACCACUACAAGAUGAUGUCUACUUUCCUUUUAAAACUAUUGUUGAAAAGAAGCAAUUGAUUUUUGACAAGAGACAGUUUGCUUCUAAUGAAUUUGAUUUUGUGCAGAAACAAAGGAAGAGAGAAAACAGGUCCAAUGAUGAGAAGUGGGUCAGAAGUGGUGAUCGUCUCUUCACCAAAACCAAGAGAAGCAACCGUGUAGUGCUUGAUCAAAACGAGCUUCAAACUUAUGCUAGUUUGGAGAAGAUGUUGCAUAAGGCAAUUCAUGCUAUCCGACAGCUCAAAAGGAAGGGAAACACCAACACUUCUUCGGCACCAAAACAGCAAUGUAAGUCUUCUUAUCUUUCAAAUUCUGAUUUGAAAACUAAUGAGAUUUCUUUUGAUAAAAGCAAAGCUGUGAAACCCACAAGCAAAGCUCAUUCCACCAGGUGCUUCAAAUGCCAUAGGAUCGGUCAUUAUGCUAACAAGUGUCAAAAGCAAAAACCGUUGGUGACUUUGGAGAAUGAGAACCUUGAAACCGAGCCAGAAAAGGAAGAGCCUUUGCCAAUUCAAAUACCGGACCAAACUCAAGAUUUGAGGACAAAUCUUUUUGAAGAGGAAGGGAAUGAUGUGCCCUGGUUCGUGGAUCAGUCCAUUGGAGCCAACCAGCAUGGAGAUCAGGACGUUCUGAACAAUUUGACCGAGGUUCGUUCAUUCGACCGUACUGAUCAGACUGACCGAGCCGUCCCGCGUGCGUCCCGAUUGGAGCUUCGGCUGGAACCACGUCCAGACGACCUAACCGACCGAACCACAGCCCGUCUUCCCCGACCAACUCGACAUUCUAAAACCCACGGUCGAGCCAGAAUUAGCUUGGAUCGUGAAGAAACCAAAGACGGACAUGCAUUCUUAUCUGGCGGACCAUCCGGACAGUCCCGCAAGCGUCCUUAUCUUUACCCCGUGCAUCCAUCUGGUUCGGAUGAACCUGGACAGUAGCCGAAGGGUUUCCUUGACCAGAACGUGAACCGAAUGGUCAUCUUUGACUAAUCUGCAUGGAAGACUGAGUCUUUGACUCAUUAAUAAUAUUCUAGUCAAUGUUUCUAUUUUCUAUGCUUUGUUUUCCCACAAUUCUCUUUAAUUCUCUUUGACUACAAGUAGUAUAAAUAUGUAGUCCCUUUGAUGAAUAAAAUGAGUUCAUUUUGGUUGUUUAUUUUCGAUUCUUCUUUUCUCUGAGUGAGAGAGAGAGUUCUUAGCUAGUUCAUCGGUUUGAACCGGCUUGUUGAUUUGGUGGUCAGCCAAUCAUCUUUUGUGUCGUUUGGUGGUUAGCCAACACACCUUCAUCGUUUCUUAGGUGGUUAGCCUUAGAUCGUGGUAUAUCAAGAGUCAUUCCGCAUCUCUUGACGAUCCAUUCAAUCCAUCUCAGUUCCAGAAGUGCCGUUUGCCUUCUCGGAUCAUAUCCAACACCCGGCCAAAGCCAUCCUUCCCGUUUUGGGCGUAUCACCCUCUCUCUCUCGGCGACUCGGGUGGGCUCUCUGUAGCGGAAGCCCCUAAGAACUCCGCCGCUCUGGUGACUCGUCGGUUAAAGGUUGGCGUACGCUGUUUGAGGACGACGGUGACCCAAACGGAACCGCGUGUCAGUCAUCGGGGCUGGGGUUAGGCUCCGAGGGGAGGGUUUGUUUCUGCGGUGUCGGUGGAUCUCACAAAUGGGAUGGCGGUUCCCUUUUUUCCUGAAUUUCGCCGGGUCGCUUUUCUUCCUUUCCUCGUCGACAAGAGCGGAGGAGCACGGAACUUCUCGGACCUGUGAGGCGGCGAAGCGGUUACAGAAAGUGGCAAUUAGGGUUUUUGGAGCCGUUCUUCAUCUGAAAGCGGCGUUUGUGGCCGCGGAACGCUUCGUGGGUGGCUCCAUUGAUAGUGACUGGCGGUGGAUCUGGCGGGCCUCGACACCCCCGUCAUGAGAAGUCGUCGGAAUCUGGAUUUGGUGGCUGCGGUGUCAACUGAGGAGGGAGCAUGCUCUCUCAGUCUUCUUUCCCUCAACCUAAAUUCCUUUGUUAUGUAAUCUGUGUAUUUUGCUUAGCCAAGUCACUUGUAACCUAGGGUUCAUGUUUCUCCGGUGAAUCGGAAAAUGCUGUAGUCCGAUGCCCUUCUGGGAUGAAAUUUAUAAUAUAUAUUUAUUAUUAAAAAAAAAAAAAAAAAGAUACUUAUGUGAACAUCUUCUGAUGCUAUCACAAUGAACAAAUAUGUUUUAACGGUAGCUUGUAUACUACUAUUCUAAAAUCUUACGUUUAAGAUUUAAUAACGCAACUGGAAACGAAAGUCCACUUGAGCUCCUUCGAUUAACCAAUGAAAUUACAUAAAAUAGUUAAAAAUGAGAGGGCCGUACAUAUGUCAGUAACUGAUCUGAUCGGGUCUAUGAAAACGAAAAGUUAAGAACAUUAUAUAAAGAGUUAAGAAUAUGUAUACUCGUUUGGUAUGUAAUUUCUGAAGUCAAUUUGAUUGUAUUUUAUACAUCAAGUUGAUUAGUUAUACUGUAAUCAAUCAAAAAAAUUGGGUAUUUACAGUGAAAAAAAAUGUGGGUAUUCAGAAAGAAUCAACAUGGCCAUUUUGAAAGAAUCAGUGUUAACCCUUUCUAGAGUUUUAUGUUUUCGAGUUUCUUUUUGGUUGAAUAAUUUCUCUUGGUACUUUAAGUAGAUUUUUUACCUAUAAAUAAAAAAACUAAUUUAUUCUUUGAGCUAAAAGCUUCAUCUGUGUUUUCUUGUCUUCUUCGAAAGAAUAAAUCAUAAGUUGUGAUUAAAAGAAUGAUUCAAGAUUCACAACUUAUGAUUCAUUCUUUUGAAAAAAGACAAGAAAACGGAGAUGAAGCUUUUAGCUAAAAGAAAAAUUAGUUUUUUUCAUAAGUAAAAAAUCUACUAAAAAGUACCAAGAGAAAUUAUUCAAUCGAAAGGAAACUCGAAAACAUAAAGCUCAAAGAAUCAUAAGUUGUGAUUAAAAGAAUGAAUCGUGAAGAUAGUGAAUUGUGAUUCAUUCUUUUCAAAUUCAUUCUGUGAAUGGAUGGUAACUUGUAGAAAUUCAUUCUUUUAUAACCAUACAUUCACACUAAUUUCUUUCAUUCACUUUUUGGUCAUUCCACUGUUUAUUUUUAUAGAUUAAAAAAUUGAUAUGCAUACUAUGUACAUAAAACUAGAGUGGAGACCCCAUAAAGUGGGAGAUUCUUCUUUGUCUUCUUUUGAUGUUUGAAUUCUUCUUUAAAUUUUUUACCUCAUAUGGACCAUUUUCCAUGUCUAUAGAGUAGAAAUCAAACAAUAAUCUACUCGGCUUUAUCCUACAACUGGAUAUAUCGACAUAUAUGUAGGCAUCUUCCCCAACAUCUUUUCCAUUGCUUGAUUUGCAUUUGAUCGCCAUUUUACCUUCAUAUAUUACACAAGCAAGCAUGAUAACUUCAUGAAAUUCCUUCCAACAAUGUUUUUUCUUUAGGUCCACUGUUGAUGGCGGGUAUGAACAAGAUAUCAACUCAAUCUAGGGAUUUCAAUUGAAAUCUCUAGAGACAUGCUACUUGAAGAAGAUGAAUUUAAUCAAAUCUUGUUCAAGGCUUCUCAAAGAAGAUGAAUUGAAUCAAAUCUUUUUCAAAGUAUAAAGCAAAAACUAGUUUAUUAAUUAUCAAAAUCUGUUUAGUCAAAGCAAAUAACAAAGCUAUAUAUAGAGAUCCUUUGUCAAGUCACAAUCGACUUUAGUAUGCUCUUUCCUAUUAAGAAAAGGAAAACCAAAACAAUACGGAAAAUGAAAUAAAGAAAUACAUUUAAGAAAAGGAAAUAACGAGAAGCUGUUAUGGCGGUGUAGAUGCUGCUGCAUCAGCUGGCUCUGAUACCAACCUCUUAUGGUGGGUAUGAACAAGAUAUCAGCUAUUUGAAGAAGAUGAAUUUAAUCAAAUCUUGUUCAAGGUUUCUCAAAGAAGAUGAAUUAAAUCAAAUCUCUUUCAAAGUAUAAAGCAAAAGCUAGUUUAUUAAUUACCAAAAUCUGUUUUCCUUCAUUUGUCGAUUGAAUUCUUGCUCUGAGAAUUUGACACCAUGUGUCCCUUCUUCCAUAUCAAUGGAAUAGAAAUCAAAGAGGAGGUGAGUCGGCCUUAUCCUACACUUGUAUUCAUGCUUUUUUUUCCUUGAACUCCCCACCUCGAUGAACAUGACAUGUGGAUCCACGUAGAUGUAACCGUCAACGCCAAUAUCCUCCUCAUUGCUGCUUUUGCAUUUGAUUGCCAUCUUGUCU